AUGAACCUACUGCUCAUAUUAGGAAUACUGGUCCUGUCAAAAUCAUCAGUGUUCCAUGCUGAGAAAUCUGUGUUUGUACAAGAGGGUCAAUCUGUUCAACUGGACAUACAGGACAAAGAGAUUAAGAUUUCUCUGUUAGUUUGGCAGUUUAACUCAACCCAGACUGUGGUGCACUGUUUUGAUAAAAAUGUCUAUGUAUCAGGUGAUUUUGAGAACAGAGUGGAGUUUAAUAAGAAAACCUUCUCUCUGACGCUGAAGGACAUGGAAAAGAUUCAUGGCGGACUCUACACAGCAAAGGAAAUUGCCGGUGAAGAAAAAAUUGUUGCGCAGUACCUUAUAACUGUAUUAGAUCCAGUAGUAGCUCCUGUCCUGUCUGUUCUUUCAAACUGGUCCAGCAGUGACUCCUGUAAUGUGACUCUUGCCUGUAGAGGUCACGACCUCUUUGUGGCCUCCAGUUGCAACAGAAGAUUCUGCUCUGAAGAGAGCGUGACCUCAUCUCAAGGCUCUAUGCUCCGUUUGUCUGUCACAGACAAUUCUAUACUCUGCAACCAUAGCAACAAGGUCAGCUGGAGAGUGGAUGCCAGGGAAAUUAAACUACUCUGUCCCUUUAUUAAAGAUGCAGUGACGCCCCCUGCUGGUGUCCCCAUGUAUCUGCUGAGGACAGUGCUGCUCUCUGUUACUCUGGUCCUCAUGAUGUCUGCAGUCAUCACUGUCCACAUCAGAGAGAGACUGAUCCAAUCAUCUUAA